UUCUAUUCGUAGUUCAAACACUUUUACUUUUCAGUACCAAGCUAAGAGAACGAUAUUUCUUCAAAAUAAAUAUGGCUGAAUCUGACUGGGACUCGGUCACAUAUCUUCGCAAGAAAACACCAAGGGCAGCUGAACUCCGAUCAAAACAGGUAUAAUAAAUAGAUGAGGUAACUGUGAUGAUGUACAAAGCUUUAAUACAAUAAUGUAGAGUUGUGUUCAUUUGCACGGAGCAUUAUUUCGUUAUUUUCUCUUGCAAUUAUUGUUUUUCUUUUUAAAAACUUGUCUUCUGAGUGUCUUGAGGGUUUUGAACAUAGUUUACUGGGACAAGACCUGACUAAUCAUAAAACUAAUCAUAAAUAUAACAACUAAUUUGAUUGGCUAUCAGCAGCCAGCAAGAUCCUCCCUGUCAAUUCUGGAAUUCAUGAUCAUAUCUGGAAAUGUCAUUUCUCUUGAAUGAACAGAGUAAAAUAUUUUCCAUAGAAGAAGGGUCAGGUUUGGGGGUGUUAUCAAGGCUAAAAAUUGAUAAAUUUACACUUUAUUUAUGCGACUUUAGAUUUAGAUGUAAAGGCUGGCAUUACUUAUUGGGCUUGAAUAACAACACCAUUGCUCUACAUGUUUGAGGCAAAUUUAUAUCAAAAAAGCUCCACGUAGAUUCCCUGUUUACUUAAGAGAACGUGAAGUGGUGAAGGCACCAAACAGAGAAGGUUUGAACACUGGAAGUGACAUUGGGUUGAGUUUGUUUUUGGUUCUUGUCAGGCCUUUCUUUAAGAUUUUUUUAAUCUGUUAAUAAUCAGUUUAAUAAUUUUCCCCUGUCUUCAAAAUUGAAUGUUUCUAAUUCCAGUUAAAUCAGGAGUGGUAAACAAAGAACCGCUUAGCACUACCUCUAAAUUGUUAUUUGAUUUAUUUCUUAUUUUUAAAGGCAGUUGCACAAGCACAAAGACAUGGCGGUGCUGUAGAAACAACACAAAAGUGUAAGUUUAUGCCCCCUGGUAGUUUGUAUGGUUGUAAUGGUAGUGACACUACGUAAUGAAAAUAAAGAAUAUGAUCUCAUCAUUGUCCUGUUUUGCAAGUGAAUUCUCCAUACUGUACACUAGCAGGGUAUACAGAAGGAAGGAGGAAAGAAAAUGUAAUGUGUAAUAACAAUUUUGUUUUACUUUUAGAUGGUGCUGGUGCAAACAAGCAGCACUCUUCCAGCAAGGAUACUGCUAAACUUGAUCGGGAGACAGAAGAGUUACAUCGUAAGUACAUUUAUCAUGAUGUCUGUUUGCACAGAAAACUAUUCCUGAUAAGAAUCAGUGAAGCUAAGCACAUUCAAGUUGUUUAAGUCAUCACACUCCAAAUUAAGUUUUAAGUGAUUGUUCAGUCAUGACAAAUGUUAUAACCUGUAAGCCAAAAUCAGAUGCUAGUGAACUAUUAAGAACACAGCAUUUUAAUUUAUUCAUAGAAUUCCUUGCAAUAAGUAAAAUCUGUAAAUAAUAGCCUUAUUGGUACUUAAUUUCGUGGGUCUUUAAUAACACAUUUUUCUGUGGGUUUUCGUGUGUGGCAUAUGUUUCAAUAUUAUUUUAUUAAAAGUUGUAAAACUGAACAAGAUUUUGAGGGAUAGUCUCUUGAUUUGUCUAGAACAAAAAAAAGUGGUCUCCUGACCUAAGGUGAAGCAAGUCCAUAUCUGAUAAAUUGUUUUGAAGCAAGUCUGAAGACCUCCAGUGAGGGUAGAGCUUAGCACUUUAUUUCUACGACAUUUCUUGUUCUUCUUGGUGGUUGAACUGUCUUGGUUAUUAUUAUAGUCCGCCAUGUUUGCAGUUUUACACAUGCAAGAUGUGGACUGUGAUUAACCUACAGUGAGAUGUUUGCUGAGAAAUUUCACAUUUUCCAUCAUGAUGAUGGUAAAAUUCUAAUUUUCUGUAAUAGUAGAAUCCUAUUCACUAAGUCCUGUGAAAUCAUUCACAAGGUUCGCUUUAGGCGGGCUACAGUUUUGUAAAGUUACCGGACGAAAGUCAGUUUGAGCUAUUAAAAUUUUUAUCAGAUGAAAAAGUUUCUCUUGAUGUUGGAAAGCUCAUUCAGCAGAUGAGAAUGGAGAAGAAAUUAACACAGAAGGACUUAGCAACGGUAAGAUGACCAUUCAGCUACAGUGUUGUAGACAUGACAUCUUCUUAGCACCAACUAUAUAAAUACCAGGGGCCGGUUGCUCGAAGCCUGGUUAGCGCUAACCGUUGGUUAAGAGGUAUCAAAAUGUAUAGGUUUCCAUGGUAUUUAACGCUGGUUAGCACUAACCAUGCUUCAAGCAACCCGGGCCAGAAUGGUAAGUGUAGGAAGGGGCAAAAAUGGCAUAGAGUGCUGCAAAGUCAGCUAAGUGUCAGGUUUUUUAUUUAUUGCCACCUUAAUCCUUUCUGGCUUUAGCAGUGCAACCCAAAGGUGCAGUUUUAGGGUGAUAUUCAGACCACGGCAUACUAGACCUGUCUGGUCCGAAUAUGGACAUCAACUUUAUUUGAACCUCUCAAAGUCAGUUUGGCCAUGUAAUGUUAGAUCUUUUUUGUUCAGUUUUCUUUGAAUGUUACAUUUCACAUGCUAUUUUCAGUCUUUUCAGGGCUAAAAAUUGCACCUGUAUCAGGCUCAUUAGCGAAUAAAGAUUUCGAUUUGCGACUAAAAUUUCUCCAUUGGUAGCAAUUUUGUGACCGUUUUAUAGCCUAGCUUAUAAAUAAAUUAUAUUUAACAGCCUUGUGUCUUACUUGUUACUGGUUGCUGUAGUUUUGUCUGAAAAAUCCUGUGAAAAAAUUAAGGAAUUACUCGCAAAUUGCGAUGGAGAAUUUUUUUUAAUUUUGAGCCCUGCUUUUUUAAACCACUGAAGAAGAAGGAUCGCCCUUGAAACAUCUUGUUUUCCUCCUUUUUCAGAGCAUAUUUUUACAAACUUUGACAUUUGUACAAUAUUAACUGCAUUACACAGAUUUUUAUAAUUGUUUCAAAAUUUAUAAACCUGUCUUUGCGAAGAUUUUUCAGACCCAUAUAAAACAGUUUACUGGUAGAUAUUGUUAGCUAAAGCAUAUCCUUGGAGUUUUGAGCUUACAGGUGUUUCAUCGUGUCUUCUAGCUAUCACAAUUCUGUCUUUAUUUCUCAGAAAAUCAAUGAAAAGCCUCAGGUGAUAAUGGAUUACGAGUCUGGAAAAGCGAUUCCAAACAAUCAAGUGAUGAGUAAGAUUGAGCGUGCACUUGGUGAGUGUAAGGAACAAUACAUCACCAUUAUGUCUCUGUUUUGUUAAUGGUAAAUUGACCCCAAUUUCGGCAUAGGCUUGGCACCCAUGUUAGCCAUGCGUACCAAGCAUUCAUGGUAUUCUGAAUUAGUAUUUAACUAAAAGAGGUGGUGUUCAUUGGUGAUUUUUUCCUUUUUUAAAUGUUGCAGGUGUCAAGCUUCGUGGGAAGGACAAAGGGAAGCCGUUAGCGCCUGGUGGCAAGGGGAAGAAGUGACACUUCGCAAAGCUUGUGUUCAAUAUCAUUUCACUCCUUGCCAGAGAAUGAAGAUCAGGAUGUCUGUUCUCCUAAAGCAGCAUAAUUUUAUUAUAUUUACAAUAAACUGCAUUUUGAGCUCUGAAAAUUUGUUUGUCAAAGCAAUAAUCACCGGUAUCUACCACAUUUUGUUAGCAUGAUCCCAUCUGUCACAUGCCUUGUUCACUUUCAUUGGGUGCAGGCAUGAGUGGACGUUCGAUUAAAUUAAAAGUUUUCAAUCUGCGGGCAUGAGGGCUGGCAGCUAGAUAGCCUGCAUGACAGGUGCUUUAUGAGCCAAGCGAGGCGAACGUGAUAUUUCGCGCGGAGCGCGACACGAGCGCGAAGCGCGAGACGAGGGAAAGAGAAAAAUAAAGCUUUAUUUCUCUCUUUCCCUCGUCUCACGUUUCGUGCUCGUGUCGCGCUCCACGCGAAAUAUCGCGUUCGCCCCGCUUGGCUCAUAAAGCGCCUGUCAUGCAGGCUAGCAGCUAGAUUGCAAUGCAUCUCAUCAGGCCCCAGUUGUUCAAAAGCUGGAUGGUGCUAUCCAUCAGAUAAAUCUCUAUCUAGCAGAUUGAUAUUAGGGAAACCAAUGUUAUUGCACUAUCCAGUGGAUAGAGAUUUUCGCCAUCCACCUUUUCAACAACUGGGCCCAGGUCUUUGAAGAGGCUUAGGCUGAUGGAAUCUGAUGCUUAGAGCCUUGAUUCUUCAGAUCAAUUUAGGUUUUUUGGAAACUUCCUACUUACCCCUCCCCUAAGCCAUCAUUUUGCCCUAAGUGAGAAGUAAGUGUUAAUGUUAGCUUAGGGAAGGGGUAGGUGGGCAAACAAAAUUGUUCCAAUUCUUCUUUUGUGUUGAAAGGCCAAUACUUCUAUAGAACACGAAAUAAACAGAAUGGCUCAGUAUUGUGAACAAUAUUUAAUAAUAUUUAUCAUUUAAUUGCAAUAUCAAGUUUUUAACCCUUGGCUAUGAGUAAAUAAGCAGCCUGUGAGGAAGGAUCUCAUCCCUUUCUCGCUUGGUAAGCAAGCUUAGAGGGAAGGAUACAUUUGUAGGCUAUAGAGAAGUGACCAAAACUUGUGGGUCAGUAAUGUUUAGCUUGUGCGCAAAGUUCAGAAAAAACUCCAUAUUGGUCUCCUGAUGAGCUGUCU